AGUUACGCAGUGAACACGUCGAUCUCAACCAAUUUCGAAGCUUUCUGCAUUGAGUCGUAACAGCAAAGAGAAGAGAAGAUGGCAGACAAGGUAGCAGCAACGGCAGUCGCCGCUAGCCCAGCAUCAGCUAGCCCAGCAGCGCAGGCUACACCGACCAAAAAGGCAGCAGGAGCCAAGGCAAAGAGCCCUCGUGCCAAGCCAGCGCAUCCACGGACUUCUGACAUGGUUACCAGCGCCAUCCAAACGCUAAAGGAACGUGGAGGUUCAUCUCUGCAGGCUAUCAAGAAAUACAUCGCGUCAACGUACAAAGUAGACGCUGAAAAACAAGCACCGUUUAUCAAGAGAUAUUUGAAGUCAGCUGUGGCUACUGGAGCUUUGGUACAGACCAAAGGUAAGGGUGCUUCUGGGUCUUUCAAAAUUCCAACCAACAAAUCUGACGCACCGAAGCCCAAGGUGAAGCGUGCUGUACCGAAGGCAACUGUCCCCAAAAAGAAGCCCGCUGCAUCGACUGUUGCAGUGGCCAAAAAGCCUGCUACUGCUGUCAAGAAGGCGGCAGCUGCUAAGAAGCCCAGUGCUGUAACACCACCCACAAAAGAAAAACGCAAAGCAGUCAAGAGCCCGGCUGCUAAAUCGCCAAAGGUGAAAAGCCCAUCGAAAGCUAAGAAGGCUGCCAAGGCACCAACCAGCAAACCUAAGGCGCCUAAACCAAAAAAGGCAGCAGCUGCACCCAAAUCUGCAAAACCUGCAGCGAAAAAACCAGUUGCAUCAAAGAAGAAGUGAAUCCGUAUGACUCCGAUGAGUCAUCUCUAACAGCAGACCAAGAAAAUAGUUAUCAAACGGCCCUUUU